AUGAUAAUUUGUUUUAUCAUAAAUAUUGGCACCCUAAUCUCAUAUAGACGUCAAAGAAUCAGAAGUGUAGCAACUAAAAGUACCCAACAAAUUAAUCAUGAAAGAGUGGAGUUUAAAUUGCUACUCUAUGCAAUUCUUACAUUCUUAGGACACGUUGUUUUGGCCCUUAAUCAAGUUAUAAUAUUCUUAAUAGCAAACACACAAGGAUUUGAUCUUAAUGCCAUUUAUACCCAAUCUCGCGGGUCUGUGAUAGUGCCAAGUUGGCUUCUUUUCUGGGCUAGUGACAAGCUUAGAAAGAAAAUGAUCGAUGAUUUUUGGAGAAAAUGGAUAAAUUUGUUGACUAAUGCAGGAUCUAUAGCGAGUGACACAACAUUUGUAAUGUCACAAAGUGCUAAUAGAAUACAACAAAAUUCUCAAAAGGGGGCAAGAGUGGCACCUAGUGGAGAGCCGAUAACUCCAAUAACAUGA